ACAAAUUUAUUUCUUACUCGAGGAAUGUCCGGGUUUGGCAGGAAGUUCGAGUCGUCGAUGCAGUGGGAAAGAUAAAUGGUGGCAAACGACAGGGCAAGAAGACAGCAAGUGAAAACAACCAAGGGCGGCCGCGUCAUCGCGAACCCUUUCAGGUUGGAGCAGCAAGAAGUGGCCGACAUGACGACGUGUGAUUUUCCAGCUUAUUUACUCGCCUGCGAUUUUCAUCUCAUCGCGAUCACAGUUGUAAACGGUGCGGCAUCUCGAGAGGAUUUGGGACGAUCAUAAUAAAAUUACAACGUGAAAGGCAAGAAAAGUAAGGUGACAAGAACAAGAGAGAUAAAAUAAUAAUAAUAUUCAACACGUUUAAUGUAUGCUCAUAUAAAUUUAAAUAAAAAUACAGCCGGUUCAGGUUGUUUGUUUUGUUUGUGACGCUAGUUCCGUAAGAUGACGCUUGGCGCUCUGGCCCUUUUGGCCCUCCUUCGGAUCAGGGAUGGGAUGGGCCGGGAAUGCCGGGCCCGGGAUGGGCAUUGCAGUUUGUUUUGGUCUUGGUCUUCUGGCUCUUCUGCAAUAAGACGUCUUCUGCAAGGAUAUUGGUCUUCUGCGAGUCUGAACUGGAAACAAGGAACUCCCGACAUUGUGACCUUUGAGGAGAUGAAGAAGGAAAUUUUCAAUCAAAUCGUCCAGCUGAUCGCGUCGGCCAGAGGACCUCACACAUGCCGGACGACCAUGACUGAACUGCAGAAAACCUUCCAGGACGUGCCUUUCCACACGCUACGCAGCAUUCUUUCCCAAGAAAUCUGUCGCAAAAUGAGAUUCGCCCAUUCCAGACACAAAAGCAGAGGCGAUGAAUACCUGCAGCACUACAUGGAUGAGCGCGGCCCGUCGCAGACAACACUGGUGUCGAUGGCGGCCGAAAUUGGUCUGUCGCCCGCCUUACUUGCUCGGGUAAUCCUCGAGGCCUUCCUCAGGUCAAAGGAAAAGGAUUUGGACGGCGAAGGGUCACUGUCUAAGUUCAUAACCAAAUUGCUUCGGGACACAACUCUCAUCGAGGACAGACAGUUGGCGGUGGACGUUCACUACUGUGUUUUGGUGGAUGACCAGUACGGCCCAUUGGCGGACGCCAUCAAUCACUCGCUCGGACAGCAGUACGAGCACUCGCUGAGUCUGCAGCUAAGUGAGAGGAAUAUUCCCUUCUUGACCGAGGACCAGAUGAGAAACCUGGGCAUGGACAAAACUCCGGACAUCAAAUUAGAAGUGCCCAUCGCAGUGAAUGGAUUCAUUAUUCAUUGGAUUGAAAGCAAGGCCCUGUUCGGCAGUGAGGAGUGGCACGACAAGUAUGUCAAAAAGCAGCUGUCAACCUACUGGAAUCGAUACGGACCUGGCAUGGUUGUCUACUGGUUUGAUUUUGUGGAUUCGUUGCAAGUGAUGCACGAAAAGCAUCUGCUUGUGGCAAACUGCCUGCCUCCAAAUAUUGUUAUGAUGGACCCUCAAAUAAGACCGUGAAGAUUUUGUUUUGUUCUAGAUUUGAUUGGAGCUGAAAAUGAGCGGGGGACUCGCACCGUCGAAGAGCACAGUGUAUGUGUCAAAUCUUCCUUUCUCUCUCACCAACAAUGACAUUCACAAGAUAUUCGAAAAACACGGGAAA